AUGGCGGACACGAGUGAACAACAAACAUUAUCAGAACCGCAUACGAACGGAGUAAUGGACGGUCUAACGGAGGAAGAGAAGAGUAAAAUGCGACCUGCGGAUAUUGAUGCUGAUAUGAGGGAAAUGGAGAGGAGGAAGAGAGUUGAAUUAAUGAUGAAUUCGCGACUCUUUCGAGAAGAACUGGAACGCAUAAUCGAGAUACAAAUGAAAGAUGGUGCUGGACCAUCGGGUCUGCUACAGCAAAUCUCUGACAUGAUGGGUGCACAAGGUGCUCGGUUUAACGCGAACGUGUUUAAAAAUUCAAAUUGUGUAUUACCUAUUAACGACAUACGCGGUGUCGAAAGUAUGGGUUACGCAAAGGGAGAGAAACUGUUACGCUGCAAAUUGGCAGCAAUAUUUAGACUACUUGAUCUUUAUGGUUGGACUCAAAGUGUCGGUGGCCAAAUUACGGCACGUUUGAACCAAGAUCAAGAGCACUUCUUAGUUAAUCCAUAUGGUUUGUUGUAUCAUGAAGUUACUGCAUCGAGUUUGAUUAAAGUCGACAUGCAAGGAACGGUCGUGGAACAAGGAACGACUAAUUUUGGAGUUCACGUGGCAGGGUUUCAAUUACACUCGACGAUUCACGCUGCUAGACCCGAUAUCAAGUGCAUCGUUCAUAUCACCACUCCGUCCGUUACUGCUAUCUCAUCGUUAAAGUGCGGAUUGCUGCCAAUCGGACAGGAGAGUAUAGUAAUAGGAGAGGUAAGCACGCAUCAGUAUAUAGGUGGAUCUUUUGAACCAGAGGAAAAAGAGAAGAUAGCAAGAAACCUAGGUCCGAUGAAUAAAGUGAUGCUGUUAACGAAUCGCGGUGCACUCUGUUGUGGAGAAACCGUCGAGGAAGCUUUCUUCAAUGUUUAUAACAUGGUCCUAGCUUGCGAGACCCAAUUGAAAUUGAUGCCCGCUGGUUUGGAUAAUUUAAAUCUCAUUUCGGAGGAAUCUAAGAAGGCUAUAUUUGAAGCCUCGAGAAAGCCACCUACACCGCAGCAAACAGUCCCGAUCUCUGAAAGUACAGCUCUCGCUGAAAAGCUUGAGAAACGUUGGCGAAUUGGUGGAACUGAAUUCGAGGCGCUUAUGCGGAUGCUUGAUAAUGCAGGUUUUCGAACCGGUUACAUAUACAGAAAUCCGUUAGUGAAAGGAGAACCUCCGCGACCACGAAACGACGUUGAGGUGCCACCAGCAGUUUCAUCUUUAGGUUAUCUACUCGAAGAGGAAGAACUUUAUAAACAGGGGCUCUGGAAAGGUGGUCGUAAAGGCACGGAUAGAUCACGUUGGUUAAACUCGCCAAAUGUAUAUCAAAAGGUCGAAAUACUUGAAACAGGAACUCCUGAUCCGAAAAAAAUUACAAAGUGGGUGUCAGAGGGCUCUCCGACCCAUAGCAGUACACCGGUGAAGAUCGACGGUGCCCUUCAAUUCGUGCCGAAAAAUACCAAUCCAAAGGAAUUUAAGCAAAUACAACAACAGAUAAAAGAUUAUCGUCGAGCAGACAAGAUAUCGGCUGGACCACAAUCCCACAUAUUGGAAGGAGUUACGUGGGAGGAAGCUAAGAAGAUGCAGGAUGCCACUAUUAGUGGAACAGGAGAACAGGUAGUAUUGGUAGGGGCAGCCAGUAAAGGUAUCAUUCAAAGAGGCUUUCAGCACAACGCAAUGGUCUACAAGACACCGUAUGCCAAAAAUCCGUUCGAUGCUGUUACCGAUCAAGAACUCGAUCAAUACAAGAAAGAAGUGGAACGCAAACAAAAAGGAGAUCUUUACGACGAGUCGCAGUCAGAAUCGGAGCCGUUGUCAUCGUUCAACGUUAGUCGCGCAACACACGAAUCGAGCACUGCCAAAAGUCCAAUUCAAUCGCCGGUAUCGGUAACGUCGGAAACCGAAGAAGAAAGCCGGGAUGAACCCCGAGUACUGCGAAUAGAAACGAAACAAGUGCCUGCACCAAGUCAACCCGAAGUUGUAUUGAGCGAUGGGGAAAAUACCGUAAACGGGGAUCACUCCGAUGCGCAUCACAGUACAUUUUCUCAAAGUAGUAAAGAGGGCUCCGUGUCGCAGGAUGUGAGCGUUAGCGAGGAAUCGCCGAAAAAGGAAAAGAAGAAGAAGAAAGGCCUCAGGACACCAUCUUUCCUAAAGAAGAAAAAGGAAAAGAAGAAGCCAGUCGAGGCGUAGGUAGUCCUAACUCUGACACUGCCACGAGCAACAGCUUAUCGCAAAUAAAAGAAUAAUUACCGAAUGAAGAUUUAAACGCGAGACAGAAGAGUCGAAGAUCGCAAAGCGAGUCAAAAGUGCAUAUACUGGAGACGAACGAAAAUAGAUAAUAGGAAAUAGAACAUAGAAAAUCGAAAAUUGAAAUAA